UGUGCAUGAGUGGGAAGACCUGAUGAGGAAUUACAUGAGGAGAGCAAAUGUAGCUCCUGAGCAUCAGGCAGAGGAAAUCCUCAUGAACCUCAGGGUUAGAGCUAGAGAUGUUGUUAAAGUUAGCACAAGAAACGGUGCAGUUGAUGUUACUCGGAACCCAGAUGCCAUCUAUGGCCUUCUUCGUAAACAUUUUGCGACUGUCCCAUGUUCGCCUCUCCCUCUAGCGGAUUUUUACUCUACGCUCCCCGAGAAUAAUGAGGACGCAUAUGACUAUUGGUUGAGAAUUAACAAUGCAGCUGAGAUUGCCGCUGACCGUCUCAGAGGACAGGGCAGAUAUUUCGACUGUUCUUCUCUUGAUGUAACACGGAUGUUUAUCAAGAAUUGCCCAUCCAAGGAUCUUUCCAUGACAUUCAGGUCGAAAACAAUAGACAAGUGGUCGGCAGUUGAGGUCCAGGCUAUACUGGAUGAGUACCAGACAGAGAUGAGUUCAAGGACCUCUGCAUCAGCUGUGGUGAGCAGGAAGCCCGCUGAGCAUGUUUAUGUGAACAAAGUUGAGAUGCUGCCGAACACAGCGGACAAAGAUGACGGUCGGAUGGCCCACCCAGCCAGGGCGCCCGACUCCGCGGCUCUUGAGCGUGUCAUUUCCAUGCUGGAGAGAGUCUUGCUGCAGGGGGCUAAUCCUUCCUCCACUUCUGGCGCUGGUAGACGUAGGCCAAGGCUCCCUAUGGUUGAAGGUUUGAAUAAUCUCCCAUGUGAUGUCUGUGAUAACCCCGACCAUUCUGCGCUCGUUCACUGCCGCGAAAAGAGACUUUGCUUUUUGUGCUUCUCACCCGAUCAUUCCAGAGGCAACUGCCCCACGCAGGCACGGCCCUCGCAGUCACCACUGUCGGGAAACUAAUGUGUCCGCAUCCAAGGGAGUGCGAUGUGGAUGAAGUUAGCAACCCUCCCGAUAGUUUGACAGAUGAUUUAGAAUCAGUAUUGGAGUCACUCACUUCCAGUGUCCCCACAGAGAAGACGAUCGUCUUUCAGGGCGCUCACAAGGUUCUGAAGUCGGAUAGUUUGUUUUACACUACUGCCACAAUAGCUGGUGUUUCCCUGGCUGCGAUGAUUGACAGCGGCUCCACUGGAUGCACAUUGAGUGAGUCGGCUAUGGCACGAUUGUUGGUGUGCGAUCCAGACAUGAAACGUUACCCUGCAGACGACGUUGUCAUUGUUGGAUGUGGAGGUCAUCGGGUGACGCCUUCGGCUAUAUGCGAUGUGGAAAUCGUGGUGUAUGAUUGCAAGUUAGCUGUGCCUAUGUUUGUGGUGCCUGGACAGACCGAUGAUGUAAUUCUGGGCAGUAAUGCCAUUAAGAAAAUUCUCCAUCUGAUGAGGAAGACUGAAGGCUACUGGCGGCUCAUGUCAGAGCCCGGCAGCAUCGUUGACGAUGACUCUCACCACUUUUUCUCUCUCCUUUCUAACACGGAGAGAUGGAGGGGUGUAACUGUACCUGACAAAGUUGGCACGCUGAAGUUACGGCAGUGUGUGAUGUUACAACCGAGGAGUGAACAUCUUGUUUGGGCUAAGCUCCCCGCCUCCGCACUGAUGUCGGUUGGCAGCACAGUCAUAGUUGAGCCAACUCAAUCAAGGUGUAGAUCCAGGAAGAUUCUGGUUGGCAGGGUUAUCGCACCGAUGUGGGGCGAUGGAUGGCUGCCAGUGAGAGUCAUCAACCCCUCUGGUGAACAAGUGGUAUUGAAGAGAAACGCAAAGUUAGCAGAUGUGUUUCCUUGCAUUGCUGCUGAAGACUUGUCUGAGCCCGACAACGUCCAAAUUUUCUCUCAAUCUGUUAUGCAUGCCGCGAGGCCAAGGUCCAAAGAAGACAUUGAGAUUGCAUUGGACAAGCUUGGGCUACACGAUCUGGACCUGGAUGCGUGUGCUGUGUCUGACAUGUGGAGGGACAGACUUUUCCAAAUCAUUGAGAGGUAUGAAUCAGUCUUUUCACGGGACAAGAUGGACUGUGGGGAGGCCUCUGACUUUGUGCACAAGAUACACCUGGUGGAUGAGAGGCCAUUCCGCCUGCCUUACCGGAGAGUGCCGCUGAGUCAAUAUGAGAAGCUGAGGAUGACUCUCAAUGAGAUGGAAGAAAAGGGCAUCAUUCGGAAAUCCACUAGCGAAUAUGCGUCACCAUUGGUUCUAGUGUGGAAGAAGAAUGGGGAUUUGCGCAUCUGCACGGAUUUCAGGUGGCUUAAUGCGAGGACACAGCGGGAUGCCCACCCACUACCCCAUCAAGCUGAUGCUCUUGCCGCACUUGGGGGAAAUGUCUUCUUCUCCUCCAUGGAUCUCACCUCAGGAUUCUAUAACGUGCCCCUAUUUGAGGAUCACAAGAAGUACACUGCUUUUUCGUCUCCUUUUGGCCUGCAUGAAUAUAACCGGAUGCCACAGGGUUUAUCGAACAGCCCGGCUACAUUCAUGCGGAUGAUGCUUUCCAUUUUUGGUGACAAGAACUUCACGAGCCUUUUGUGCUAUCUUGACGAUCUCAUGGUCUUUGGUCCGACAGAGCAGAUUGCGCUUGAGCGGUUGGAAAUGGUCUUCUCCCGUUUGAGGAACCAUAAUCUCAGGCUAGCGCCGAAGAAGUGUCACUUUCUUCGGAGAUCUGUGAAGUUCCUCGGCCAUGUCAUCUCCGAGUCUGGGGUGCAGACGGAUCCCGGAAAGGUGGAAGCUAUAAACAGGGUGCAGGUGUCUGACUUGAUGGAUAGUGAUGGCCUCACUCCCUCGCAGAAGAAGAUUAGGUCUUUCCUAGGGAUGGUGCUGUAUUAUCAGCACUUCAUUGAGGACUGCUCCGUCAAGGCCAAACCCCUGUUUAAGCUCCUUUCCGGUCAGAAGACUGGUGGUAAAGCCAGACGAAGGGCGAAACCUGCAUUGGAUGCUUCAAGUCAUGUGAAGUUGAGACCGUAUGACUGGACCACUGAGUGUCAAAGUGCCUUUGACAUUUUGAAGCACGAUUUGUCGCACAGUGUAACGUUGGCCCAUCCCGACUUCGGGAAACCUUUCAUCCUUGCUGUUGAUGCAUCAUUUGACGGCAUCGGGGCCGUCCUUUCCCAGCUCCAACCUGGUGACAAGGUUGCGAGGCCAGUGGCUUUUGCGAGUAAAACGUUGUCGCGAGCCCAGUUGAACUAUCCUGCUCACAGGCUUGAAUUCCUUGCUUUGAAGUGGGCUAUUUGUGACAAGUUUUCUCACUGGCUGAAAGGCAGACACUUUACUGCCUGGUCUGACAACAACCCCUUGACCUAUAUUCUGACCAAGCCCAAGCUAGAUGCCUGCGAACAAAGAUGGGUGUCGAAGCUGGCGGCUUAUGACUUUGACCUGAAGUACGUUCCAGGACCCAAGAACACGGUUGCUGAUGCCCUGAGUCGAGAACCCUUCGUCCAGUCUUGUGUGAGUCAUCGUCUUGUGAAAGAGCCCUACCUGUCCUUACUGAAUGAGGUCCAAGGUGUUUUUAAUGAGACGGUGCAGGAUGCUCUUCGUUUGUCCAACAACUGUCAGGUCGUUCAUACGGCUGGGGAUUACGAUGGAGGUGGUCCCAAGGGGGAAGCUCCCGAUCUGUUGUCUGAAAGUGCCAUUGGUGCAGAGGAGGUGUCUGCAGUUUUGGAUGUCCAUCAGGCUGGUGGUGUCUCUCGGCUCCGUGGAGCGACCCCAUUGUGAUUACAGCUACCUGAAGAGGAUCCUUCCAUUGUCAUUCCCCAUAGCCAGUUACGCGAUAUGCAGCAGCAAGAUGCUACAAUCAGCAGAGUACUCUUCUAUGUUCGUCGGCAUAUGAGACCCACUGCACGCGAGAGAGCAGCUGAGUCGAGCUGUGUGCUUAUGUUGUUGAGGCACUGGAAGAAGCUGAAAGUCCGUGAUGGGACUCUAUACAGAGUUAGGAAAGAUCGCCACACAAACC